AUGAAUAAGCCGAGAUUCUUGUUAUAGUUUGCCUUAAGGGAAGCAAAGCAUUAGGAAGAUAAGAGGAUCGAAUUAGAAGCCAUGAAUAAUGUUGAAAAAGAAAUCUAACAGUUCGAGAACAGUGAGUAAAUUGAUAAAAUAAUUAGUGUAUGGAAAUUGAAGCCUUUAAAGAUCAUUCAAAAAAUAGUGAUUUUUAUCACUAAAUUGAAGCAUUAUUCGCCUAUUUAUAGAUUUAAGAUAUUGAAUAAGAACAUUUUUUAUUUGAUAAGGGAUCGGACAAGCUCAUUUUAAUAUUACCUUUAUAGUGGACUGUUAGAAAAUAAGCCAACAAGAGUAUGUGUCAUUUUAUUAAGAAAUAGGUUGGUUAAAUGAAGUAUCAAGGAAAACUAAACAAUGCAAUCUGGUGGAGAACAUGGUCAUUUCUAAAAAGUAAUCAAACUGUUUUACUACCUGCGGAUAAGUUUCUAUUUGUAUGGGAUGUUAUCCUGAUGUUUGUAACCAUCAUGAAUAUUCUCUAUGUUCCAUUACAAUUGUCCUUUGAUUUGAGUAGAGAAGAAAUAGGAAAUGCUUACCUAUUAUUUAGUACUCUUCCAAGUUGCAUAUUUUUGGUCGAAUUAGUCUUGAACUUUUUUAAAGGCUACUAUGUUAGAGGGAUAUUGCAUACAUCUAAACGCGAUAUUUUUUGGCAUUACGUGAAAGGAGAGUUCAUUAUUGAUCUAACAGUUGUGUUGCCCUUCAUACUGUCAUGGUUCGGCUACUCAUUCGCAAAUUAUCUAAUGUUGAUACGCAUGACGAAGGUAAGAAGGACUAUGGUUGUUAUAGAGGAGAUAUCCAAUUUCAAGGAAAAGACAGCUGUAAUAUAUUCUCUAUUCUGUUUGAUUUAUUCUCUUUUGUUGAUUUCUCAUUUUUGUGCCUGUUUAUUUCAUUACUUUGCAAUUCUUGAAGUUGAUAACGGUUACACGCACACAUGGCUUCACUAACAAGGAAUAUACGAAGCAGACGCAUAUGUAAAAUACUUUACUUCAUUGUAUUGGGUUACCAUAACCUCGAUGACUGUGGGAUAUGGAGACAUAGUACCUGUGACAACUCCUGAAAAAAUCUUAGUCACUUUNCCAAAUUCUCAAAUAUUGACCAAUUGGCAAAUCCAUCACUGA